GCGGGAUGAAUGAUAUUCACAAGGAACAUGUGACCAUCUUCCUUUUUUUACAUGGUCUGACUGGCAGGUGUGAGAUAAACCGAGUCAAAUUGCCAGCCAGUCCAAAGCCAUGGGUUUUAGCACUCUUUACUUGAGAUUCUUGAUUCCUAGAAGGCUGUAAGGUGGGAAUUUUUAUAUUCAGUCUUUCAUAAGACCGAGCUGGCAUAAAAGGAAUUUGAAGUAUACUUUGAUAGGCGAGACCUUAAAAGUCAUCCUCUUGAUCCCAGCUCAUCCAUCCAUGGCGAUGGAUAUGACAUUGGUGGACAAGUGGGAAUUUUUGUGGCAUUGUAAGAAUGUUCUAUGGCCUGCGCCCACUUGUGGGAAUGGCCAAGAAGACCACCUUGAGCCUGAGCCUGAGCCUGAGCCUGAGCCCAAGCCUCAGCUUGAGCUUGAUGAGCUUGAGCCUGAGCCUGUAAGGCCUGAGCAUAAGCUUGACCCUGAGGUGGCUGUUGAUUGUGCUAGUAGCAAUGAUGGCGGGGAAAAAAGCAGUGGGUAUCUGAAGAGCAUGGAGGAACAACAACAACAAGGGCAAAAGAAACAACAAGAUCAAAGUCUGGGAUUGUUUGAGAGAAGGCACAGAAGAUCUGUGAGUGAUGACAUGAAAUUGGACACGUCUAGGCUGUUCACUGCAAGGAAGGGCGUUUCUAGCCCUUUUGAUAUCAUAGAAAAGGCAGCUUUGCAGCCCUUUAUGACUAAGGAAGCCCAUAUCAAGGAUCUCAAAACAGCAAAGUUGGCGACUAUUGCAUCAGGGAAGGAAUUUAAGGAACCUUCACAAGCUAAAAUGGUUCCAAAAAUUCAGCAAACAGCUCCACGGCUUAAAGAGCGAAAAAGGGGAACAAAAAGUUUGACAGAUCUAGAAUUUGAUGAGGUUAAAGGAUUUUCUGAACUUGGUUUCACAUUUAGUGCGGAAGACUUAACCCCUCGAGUAGUCCAGGUGCUUCCUGGAUUGCAGCGACUAAGUAAGCAGGGGGCAGCUUGUGAGUCUUAUCUCAAAGUAAGCAGACCUUAUCCUUCAGAGGAUUGGUUGAUGCGUAGACCAGAUCCGCCAGUACGAAAGUUGCAAAUGCCUGCUUUGCGUAUGCAAGGAGUGGAUAUGAAGGAAAAUUUGAAGUUUUGGGCUCAUGCUGUAGCCUCUACAGUGAAAAUGGAAUGCUAGUAAGACAGCUGAGGAAUAUAAAUAAGGUAAACUAAAAAAGUACCUUUGUUCCCACAGGUGAGGUCUCAUAUGGCUAAGUAAUAUGCUGGCUGGGCUGUGAACUUAAAAAUGACCUCUACCUUUACAUGUUAAUCUAAUUUGGUUUGCAUAUAUGUUUGGGAUUGAAAAUGGAUGCAUUCUAUUUGGAAUUCAGUGUGGUCACAAACAUUGGCUACACUGAUUCAGCCUGUGAGGUUUGGUUUCCAAUAGGACACCAUGCAGAGGUACCUAACAUCUUGACAACCCAUGCAACAUUCAGCAACAGCAUGUGACUAAGCCUAAUUUGUACUCUAAAAUGGAAAUUUUGAUUUACUAUCUGCUACUGCUCGCCAAGAAGCAGUUUUUUGAAAGAAUGUAACAAUUGUCUUCUAUUUGUAUUCAAUAAAACCCGGAUUCUUUUUUC